GAGGGGGGGACGCGUUGGGAUCACGGCGUGCGGCGGCAGACGGAGCCCGGGCUCCCAGCGGCAAGGUGAGGCAGGGCUGCGCUCCUCGCUGAACGCGGGCAGAGCUCGGCGGCUGCGGGGGAGCCGGAGCCGAGACCCACGAUCGAGAGCGGGAGCGAAAGCGGGAGGCGGCGGAGGGGGAGCCCGUGAGCCGCCAGGCGGAGAGCCCAAGCCGCGCUGUCGCCGCGCAGGGACGACUUGGCCAACACACACACACUCACACACAUCCAGCCCGAGCGGGCGCUCGCGGCGAACCGACAACAUGGCGCUGGGGCUCCUGCCCGAGCGCGGGCGGCAGCGGCGGCGCGGGAGCUGCUGCUGAAGCCCCGGCUGAGCCCAGUCCAGCUGCGGGAGCCUUAAAGGAUCGCGCGGGGCUGUCGCCACCUGCCCGGAGGCUCGGAGUCCGCCCCGCCCCGCCCCGCCCCCACCCGGCCCUGAGCCCACCCCUCGGCGGGGCCGACCCCGAGGGCAAGCCGGCUGGCAGCAGACGGCGAGGGAAGCGAGCGAGCGCGGUGCUGAGAGCGGGCUGCGGGCAGCCGGGGACGGCAAACUUUGCUGAUCGCCGCGCUUCCCCAGCCCGGCUCCUUCUUCGCUCGUUACCGUCGCCCCCCACAACCUCCGAACCCCGCACACUUCUCCCUCACCCGCUCCACCUCCCAGCCUCGACUCCGCUGGGUGGGGGGCAGUGCGGAAACUUCAAAGCGCCGGAUCACAGGCUCCUUGACUACUCCUCGACUGGGAAUUUCAGACUAGACGCUUAACACUUAACGCAAACCUGUUCUCCAAGAAGACGACAUGCUCUCAGCAACCCCCCUGUAUGGGAACGUUCACAGCUGGAUGAGUAGCGAGAGGGUCCGCAUGUGCGGGACCAGUGAAGACAGGAAAAUUCCUGUGAAUGAUGGUGACACUUCAAAAGGCAGAUUGGAACUGAGGGAAGAGAAUCCCUUGAACCACAACGUGGUGGAUGCAAGUCCCGCCCAUCGCAUCGAUGGCCUGGCUGCACUGAGCAUGGACCGUGCCGGCCUGCUCCGGGAAGGGCUCCGAAUGCCCGGGAACAUUGUUUAUUCGAGCUUGUGUGGACUGGGCUCAGACAAGGGCCGGGAGGCUGCCACAAGCUCCUUAGGUGGCCUGGCUUUCUCUUCAGAAAGGAACCCAGAAAUGCAAUUCAAACCCAACACGCCCGAGACCGUGGAGGCUGCUGCAGCCGCCGCCGCUGCUGCUGCUGCUGCCGCUGCUGCUGCCGCUGCAGCCGGGAAGCCCCCCAAUGGCUUUAGUGCUAUAUAUAAAACGCCAUCUGGGAUCCAAAAAAGUGCUGUCGCCAGCGCAGAGACGCUAGGCUUGGAUAGGCCUGCCAGCGACAAACAGAGCCCACUCAACAUCAAUGGUGCUAGUUACCUGCGGCUGCCCUGGGUCAAUCCUUACAUGGAGGGGGCCACGCCAGCCAUCUACCCUUUCCUUGAUUCGCCAAAUAAGUAUUCACUGAACAUGUACAAGGCCUUGCUACCUCAGCAGUCCUACAGCCUGGCCCAGCCACUGUAUUCUCCAGUCUGCACCAAUGGGGAGCGCUUCCUCUACCUGCCCCCACCGCACUACGUCAGCCCCCACAUCCCAUCAUCUCUAGCUUCACCCAUGAGGCUGUCCACUCCUUCAGCCUCCCCGGCCAUCCCACCGCUGGUCCACUGCGCAGACAAAAGCCUCUCCUGGAAGAUGGGAGUCAGCCCAGGGAACCCGGUUGAUUCCCACACCUACCCCCACAUCCAGAACAGCAAGCAGCCCAGAGUCCCCUCCACCAAGGCCGUGAGCAGCGGCCUGCCAGGGGACACGGCCCUGCUGCUGCCGCCGUCGCCUCGGCCCUCGCCCCGCCUCCAUUUGCCCACACAGCCGGCCGCAGACACCUAUUCUGAAUUCCACAAGCAUUACAGCAGGAUCUCCACCUCGCCAUCAGUCACCCUGUCGAAGCCAUACAUAACAGUCAGCGGUGAGUUUCCCACGGCCAGGCUGUCCAACGGCAAGUAUCCCAAGGCCCCGGAAGGGAGCGAGGGUGCCCAGUCGGUGCCCGGGCACCCCCGGAAGACUACGGUUCAAGACAGAAAAGAUGGCGCUUCACCUCCCCUGCUGGAGAAGCAGCCCGUUACCAAAGAUGUCACUGACAAGCCGCUGGACUUGUCUGCUAAAGUGGUGGACGUAGACGCCUCCAAAGCAGACCACAUGAAAAAGAUGGCACCCACGGUGCUGGUCCACAGCAGGGCUGGAAGUGGCUUAGUACUGGCCGGAAGUGAGAUUCCGAAAGAAAGUUUGUCUCCUCCAGGAAGCGGCUGUGCUCUGUAUAGAUCAGAGAUCAUCAGCACGGCCCCCUCAUCCUGGGUGGUGCCUGGGCCAAGUCCUAAUGAGGAGGACAGCAGCAAAAGUGUUAGCCUGAAGAAUAAGACCUUGGACUGGGCCUUACCGCAGCAGCGGAGUUCCUCCUGCCCCCGCAUGGGGGGCACCGAGGCUGUGAUUGCUACCGUUUCGGGGUCCAUGUCAAGUGGGGGCCGCCCGGCCUCAGCAUCACCAGCCCCCAAUGCCAAUACUGACAGCACCAAGACUAGUAGGAGCUCCGUGGACACCACGCCAUCCGUCAUUCAGCAUGUUGGCCAACCCCCAACCACACCUGCCAAGCACAGUGGCAGCGCCAGCAGCAAGGGCACCAAAGCUAGUAAUCCGGAACCACCAAGUUCAAUAUUCCUCUCUCCCAAUGAGGCAUUCAGGUCCCCUCCGAUUCCCUAUCCCAGGAGUUACCUCCCUUAUCCAGCCCCUGAAGGGAUUGCCAUCAGUCCACUCUCCUUGCACGGCAAAGGACCUGUGUACCCUCACCCGGUUUUGCUGCCCAAUGGCAGUCUUUUUCCUGGGCACCUUGCCCCAAAGCCUGGACUGCCCUACGGACUGCCCACUGGCCGGCCGGAGUUUGUGACUUACCAAGACGCCCUGGGGCUGGGCAUGGUGCAUCCCAUGUUGAUACCGCACACACCCAUAGAGAUCGCGAAAGAAGAAAAACCCGAGAGGCGAUCACGCUCCCACGAGAGAGCCCGCUACGAGGAGCCCAGCGGCCGCAGUCGCUUUUCAGACAUGUUGGAGGCCAGUGGCACCAAGCUUCACCCUGAGCUUCCUGGUGACAAAACCAUGAAGGCCAACCCCAGCUGGAACCCAGGAAAGACCGUAGUCAAGAGCGACAAGCUCGUCUAUGUGGACCUGCUGCGAGAAGAGUCCGAAGCAAAAGCUGAGCCCAACGCGGCCAAGGCCAGCUUUGCCGCAGACGGGGCAGGUCAGAGUGUGGAGGCCGCCAAGCCCCCGGCGGAGCCCGCUCUGCAGCCACUCCGGGACUUCAUCACCCUGCGAGAGGACUUGGGGAGGAUGGGCGAUUUCCAUGACACUUAUGCCUUCAAGCAGGCGCCGGGCCAACCCGUGUUCAGCCUAAAUAAGGACACCAGCCCAGCCAGCACCAACAAAGAAAACCUCGGGAUGCCAGCGGCCACGCCCUUCCUGGAGCCCACCUUGGGGGGUGAUGGCCCUACUACAGUGGCUUUUGGUAAAAGCCAAGAGGAUCCCAAACCCUUUUGUGUGGGCAGCACCCCUCCAAGUAUGGAUGUCACCCCCAACUAUACCAAAGAUGGAGCAGAGGAAACAGAGCCGACCGACGGCAAAGUUCUGAAACCGAAGCCAUCCAAGCUGGCCAAGAGGAUCGCCAACUCGGCGGGUUACGUGGGUGACCGGUUCAAGUGCGUCACCACCGAACUGUACGCUGACUCCAGUCAGCUCAGCCGGGAGCAGCGAGCUCUGCAGAUGGAAGGAUUACAAGAGGACAGUAUUUUAUGUCUACCCGCUGCUUACUGUGAGCGUGCAAUGAUGCGCUUCUCAGAAUUGGAGAUGAAAGAACGAGAAUGUGGCCACCCAGCUACCAAAGACACCGAGGUGUGCAAAUUCGGCCCUGCCGACUGGGACAAGUUGAAAGGAAAUCAGGACAAAAAGCCAAAGUCGGUCACCCUGGAGGAGGCCAGUGCUAACCAGAAUGACAACGAGAGAUGCGACUUCAGUGCAGCAAACAAGCAUGAGCCCUUUGAAGGCUCAGAGGACAAAGACCUUCCUGUGGAGAAGUACUUUGCCGAGAGGCCACCUGGCAGUGAGCCGCCUGCACACCAGGCGGCCACUGACCUGCCGCACAGCCCCACUGUCCGCUUGGACAGGAAACGCAAAGCCUCGGGUGACAGCAGCCACCCCGACACUGCCGCCGAGGAGCUGCCAGAGGACCCCGCGCUCAAGGCCAAGCGCAGACGGCUUUCCAAAGAUGACUGGCCUGAGAGGGAAAUGACAAACAGUUCCUCUAACCACUUAGAAGACCCACAUUGUAGUGAGCUGACCAACCUGAAGGUGUGUAUUGAAUUAACAGGGCUCCAUCCUAAAAAACAGCGCCACUUGCUGCACCUCAGAGAGCGGUGGGAGCAGCAGGUGUCGGCCGCAGAGAGUAAGUGUGCCCGGCAAGGCAGAAAGGAAGUGGCCCAGGCACUUCCGUCUGAAGUCACCAUCCAGGGAAAUAACCUCAGCGAAGAGAAAGCCAGCAGGAAAAGGACCGAGGCCAAAGGCAACAGAAGUUGGUCCGAAGAGUCCCUUAAAUCCAGCGACAACGAGCAAGGCUUGCCUGUGUUCUCCGGCUCUCCGCCCAGGCCGAGCCUGUCAUCCACCCAUGUGAGCGGGAAGAAGCAGAGUCAGCCAAACUGCGCGCCGGCCCCAAGGCUGCCUGCCAAACAACCGAGAAUUAAAGAAAGCCCGAAGACAGAUGCGCUGUGCACCGACGAAGAGGACGACUGCUCGGCGGCCUCUCUACUCCAAAAGUACCCGGAGCACAGCGAGAAGCCGGCGGGCAAGAGGCUGUGCAAAACGAAACACCUUAUACCUCAGGAGCCCAGGCGCAGCUUGCCGCUGCCAGGGGACUACUAUGUGGACAAUGCCGACGGCAAGAUGACCGUGCGCAGAGUCCGAAAGCGACCUGAGCCCAGCCCGGACUACGAUGCGUCCCCGCCAGCCAAGCAGGAACCCAAGCCCUUCGACCGCCUGCAACAACUGCUGCCAGCCCCGCAGGCCCCACCGCAGCUGCCCCGCUCAAGUUCUCCUCAGGAGACCACCCAGUCGCGCCCGAUGCCACCAGAAGCACGGAGACUUAUCGUCAAUAAGAAUGCCGGCGAGACCCUCCUACAGCGGGCUGCCCGGCUGGGCUACGAGGAAGUCGUCUUGUACUGCUUGGAAAACAAGAUCUGUGAUGUCAAUCAUCGAGACAACGCAGGCUACUGUGCCCUGCACGAGGCCUGUGCCAGGGGGUGGCUCAACAUCGUGCGGCACCUCCUGGAAUAUGGCGCUGAUGUCAACUGCAGUGCUCAGGACGGAACCAGGCCUCUGCACGACGCCGUGGAGAACGAUCACUUGGAAAUUGUCCGCCUGCUGCUUUCCUAUGGUGCUGACCCUACCCUUGCCACGUACUCAGGGAGAACCAUCAUGAAAAUGACCCACAGCGAACUGAUGGAAAAAUUCUUAACAGAUUACUUAAAUGACCUACAAGGUCGCAGUGACGAUGACUCCAAUGGCUCCUGGGAGUUCUAUGGCAGCUCUGUAUGUGAACCCGAUGAUGAGAGUGGCUAUGAUGUGUUAGCAAACCCCCCAGGACCAGAAGACCAGGAUGAGGAUGAUGAUGCCUACAGCGAUGUGUUUGAAUUUGAAUUUUCAGACAGCCCCCUCUUACCGUGUUACAAUGUUCAAGUGUCCGUCGCUCAGGGGCCACGAAAUUGGCUACUGCUGUCAGAUGUACUGAAGAAAUUGAAGAUGUCCUCACGCAUCUUCCGCUGCAACUUUCCCAAUGUGGAGAUUGUCACCAUUGCCGAGGCAGAGCUCUACCGGCAGGUCUCCACAAGCCUUUUAUUCUCUUGUCCCAAAGACCUGGAAGCCUUCAACCCGGAGAGCAAAGAACUGCUUGAUCUGGUGGAAUUCACCAGUGACCUGCAGACUCUGUUGGGCUCCACCAUAGAGUGGCUGCACCCCAGUGAAGGCAUGUCGGAAGCCAGCUGGUGAGCUUGGCUGCUCCUCGGCGGAUGGCGGACAGUGUGUUCUGUGGGAAUCCUUGUGCAUAUGUGUCAUAGUACAGCUAUUUCUGUAAAGAAAGGACACUAUUACAUAGGAAAAUAUCUCUUCUUUAUAUAAGAGAAAGUGCUCCAGUCAGAAGAACUUCGAAAUCUGUUGUUUUCUUUUGAAACUUUUAAGUCAGUUUUUAUAAAGUUGUUAUAUAAUGUUUCUUUUACUUUUGGAUGCACACAUGCUUUGGAAUUGGGAUAGAUUUGUUUUUACUUGGAACAUUUGUUUCUUUUUUUUUUUUCUUUACUUUUUUUUUUUUAAAGGAGAAGCAGACAUGAGGAAAAGGAGCUUCACAUUUUGACUUAAUUUCAUUAAAAGUUCUGAUGCCAGAGGUUCUAAGUAUGUAAUGUGUGGUCUGAAUUGUGUGGUUGGUUUUGGGGAGCGAAUUUGGUGAAGGCACUUGGUGGUGUUGUAUCUUUAUGUUUUGUUUACAGAGUACCUGCUUGGGCCAGGUAAAUGCUAUUGGAUGUAAUCCAAUAGUGUGUAAUAUAAAUUCAAACCAUAUCCACACACAACAACUAAUUGUAUGAAACUUUUAUAUCCUAAUUUAAAAGCUGUGAAAUUAGUUUUCACGCAUCAAACCGGAUUGUUUAUAUGUUUAAACAUUUUAUGCUCUUAUUUAAAGAAGACUUUGAGCUAUUUUUUUCUGUACCCUGUAAAAUAUUGAAAACUAACAUAAUAUGUUGAGGUUGCUUGAAAAAUGUACAUAAAACUAAAAUUUUCUGAAUUGUGUGUUUAUGUUUGAAAUCUGUGUUUUAACUUUGUAAGUAAAUUCUCUGCCUUUGUAUUUAUAUUUUACAAAAAUUUUCUUAAAAGGCAAUAAACCUGUUGAGGAAAGGAGAAAACCGAA